AUGAAGAUAUUGGUGGCGUCAGACGAUACUGCUUCGGGAAAGCUAAUUGAAUGUAACAGAGGUACAGACACCUCCAAGCAAGAUGCUCCUCAACCAAAAUCCAUCACAAAUUGUUUCACAGUGCCGAAAUUCAACUACAGUUCAAGAAUAAAACAUUUGAUUAAUUACAACUACCAAUACUUUAUUGCUUCCAGAAUUGAUGGAACUAUAUCUGUUUAUGAUUAUGAAGAAGACUCAAACGCAAAAGAGACCUUAGCUGAAGAUGAAAAGGAUGAAUUGGACGUGAUGGUCAAUCUAUUCAAGCAUUUACAUGAUUAUAAGGUACCGAUUGUAGCUAGUGAUAAACCUAUUGGUUUGUUCAAGGUUGAGAAAUUGGAUAGUGUGUUAGUGCCAUUUACUUCUGGCAAGGUGUUUUUGAUUUACGUGGGUGAUUUCAAAUUUGAGCCAUUGGAGAUAAAGCUACCAGUGGAAAGUCCAAUUGAGGCUUUUGCAGUUAAUCCUGAAUAUGAGAAUAUUGUUGCCUAUGGGGGUAAAGAAGUGGAUUUGAAAGUAGUUGAGCUUUAUGAUGAAAAAAUAAAUAGCUCUAUAUUCAAAAAGGAUUAUAAAAAGCUCUUCGAUCCAAAAGUUGUCUUUGCAGCAAAGAAUGUCAAAAACGAUCACUUGGACUUGAGAGUUCCCAUCUGGAACACAAAUAUUUUGUUUUUCAAAACUGAUUCGAAAGAUAAUUUUAAAGUUUUAACAUCAACACAUUAUGGCCACUUAAGGAUCUAUGACUCUACCCAUGGAAGAAAGCCAUUGAAGAAUUAUCAAGUUUCUCAGGACCCAAUAUCAACAUUGACAUUUGCUGAUGAUGAUCAAAAAGAGGUGAUAAUUACAGGACCGAAUAGCUUGAUAGCUAGAUACUCAUUGACACAAGUCGACGAGAAAGCUUUCAAAACCAAUUCCGCAUCAGCAGGAGAAAUAGUCAAAGCAGUACCCAAGUCUUUGGGUAGAUAUACAGGUGGAAAUACAGGAGCAACUUAUGCAGUCGAGGUAGUUGAAAAUAUGGUUGCAUUUUCUGGCUUAGAUAGAUAUCUUAGAGUUUUUGAUGUUGAAAGUCGUGAGUUGUUGGCAAAAGUCUAUCUUGGUGUGGAGGUUAGCUCGUUAGUAAUUUUGGACGAUGAAGAUGAAGAAGAGGAGGAAGUGAAACGCAAGAGAGAAGCUGAAGAAGAAGAAGAUGAGGAAUUAUGGAACCAACUAGACAAAAAGCAAAAAACCUCUACCUAG